AAUAUGGUGUGCUCUUAAAAUACGCUUCGACUGCUACAAAACAACGGUUUGUCUCUCCUGUGACAUAAAACAAAUCAUGUGGGCACAAAGGUUGUGUCCAAGUCUCCGAUAACACGUGAAGGCAACACUACCCCCACCUCCAUUGCACGCCGGGGGUGAUUAGGGAAAGCUCAACUAUCCUGGAGACGCCGCUUCGGACACUCCCUGUGGCCGGAGGACACUGAGCUCAAGUCCAUCCAGAGCUCCAUUCAAAGUGCACCUAGAGCCACGUCCAUGCUCCUACAUUACUACAAGCGCUAGUUCGCAGAGCGGGGAAGGGUCGGAGCCACUCGGACUUGGGGAAUCCUCUCCAGAGUUGUACUUUUUGUCCGAAGAUUGGAUUUUGGAAGAGAGGAAGCAACUGUUGAGUUUUGGAGGGAGGACACCGGCAGCCAAAAUGGAGGUGAAAACUAAAUCACUUCUGGACAACAUGAUUGGGGUCGGUGACAUGGUCCUCCUGGAGCCCUUGUCUGAAGAAUCCUUCAUUGAGAACCUGCGGAAACGCUUUGACCACAAUGAGAUAUAUACAUACAUUGGGAGUGUGGUGAUCUCGGUGAAUCCCUACAAGUCGAUGCUCAUCUACACCCCAGAAAGAGUGGAAGAGUAUCGCAACAGAAACUUCUAUGAACUUAGUCCACACAUUUAUGCUUUGGCAGAUGAGGCCUACCGAUCACUCAGAGACCAAGACAAGGACCAGUGCAUUCUUAUUACAGGGGAGAGUGGAGCUGGGAAAACUGAGGCCAGUAAGCUGGUGAUGUCAUAUGUGGCAGCGGUGUGUGGGAAGGGCCAGGAAGUGAAUAAGGUCAAAGAACAGCUACUGCAGUCCAAUCCUGUGUUGGAAGCCUUCGGAAAUGCCAAGACCGUGAGAAAUGACAACUCCUCUAGAUUUGGAAAGUACAUGGACAUUGAGUUUGACUUCAAAGGAGAUCCUCUGGGUGGAGUCAUCAGCAACUAUCUGCUGGAGAAGUCCCGUGUGGUGAAACAGCCAAGAGGAGAGAGGAACUUCCACAUCUUUUAUCAGCUCUUGUCUGGCGCUUCUGAUGACACACUCAAGAAACUGAAGCUGGACCGGGACUUCAGCAAGUACAACUACUUAAGCCUUGACUCUGCAGUAGUCAACGGCCUGGAUGACGCCACCAACUUUAGGACAGUCAGAAACGCAAUGCAGAUUGUGGGCUUUAUGGAGGAUGAGGUACAGUCUGUGCUCGAGCUGGUUGCAGCUGUCUUGAAACUUGGCAACAUCGAGUUCAAGCCAGAGUCACGCUGCAACGGCACAGAUGAAAGCCGUGUCAAAGAUAAAAACGAUCUAAAAGAGAUGUGUGAGCUGCUGGGGAUCGAACAGUCUGUGCUGGAAAGGGCAUUCAGCUACCGCACUGUUGAGGCAAAAAUGGAGAAAGUGUCUACGACCUUGAAUGUUGCCCAGGCCUAUUAUGCCCGUGAUGCCCUUGCCAAAAAUCUCUAUAGCCGUCUGUUUAGCUGGAUUGUUAAUAGGAUCAAUGAAAGCAUAAAGGCACAAGCUAAAACCCGCCACAAGGUCAUGGGUGUGCUGGACAUCUAUGGCUUCGAGAUAUUUGAGGACAACAGCUUUGAGCAGUUCAUCAUCAACUAUUGCAACGAGAAGCUGCAGCAGAUCUUCAUCGAGCUGACCUUGCGUGAAGAGCAGGAGGAGUACGUCAGAGAGGGUAUUGAGUGGACCAACAUUGAAUAUUUCAACAAUGCCAUUAUCUGUGACCUCAUUGAGAACCACCAAAAUGGCAUUUUGGCAAUGUUGGAUGAGGAGUGCUUGCGUCCUGGAACGGUGACGGAUGAAACCUUCCUUGACAAACUCAACAUGAUCUGUGCUGAGCACCAGCACUUUGAGAGUCGUCUCAGCAAGAAUUCAAAGUUCCUCAAUGACCACAGCUUGCCUCACUGUUGCUUCCGCAUCCAGCACUAUGCCGGCAAGGUGCUGUACCGCGUUGAAGGCUUUGUGGACAAGAACAAUGACCUACUAUAUCGGGACUUGUCCCAAGCAAUGUAUAAGGCCAAUCACACUUUGAUCAAACAUCUGUUCCCCGAGGGGAACCCAGCCAAAGUCAACCUUAAGAGGCCGCCAACCGCUGGCUUCCAGUUCAAAGCGUCAGUGGGAACAUUAAUGAGGAACCUGCAGACCAAGAACCCAAACUACAUCCGGUGCAUCAAACCAAAUGACAAGAAGGCACCGCACAUCUUUACCGAGUCGCUGGUUUGCCAUCAAGUGCGCUAUUUGGGCCUGAUGGAGAAUGUCCGUGUGAGAAGAGCAGGGUAUGCCUUCCGCCAGGCGUACGAGCCCUGCUUGGAGCGCUACAAAAUGCUCUGCAAACGGACCUGGCCGCAUUGGAGAGGCCCUGCGAGAGAGGGAGUGGAGAUGCUGAUGGCGGACCUUCAGGUUCCUGCUGAAGAGUUCUCCUAUGGCCGCUCUAAAAUCUUCAUCAGGAAUCCAAGAACGCUCUUCUUCUUGGAGGAAAGGAGAAGGCAGUGCCUGCAAGACCUGGCCACGCUCAUUCAGAAAAUCUAUCGUGGCUGGAAAUGCCGCACUCACUUCUUAUUGCUGAAAAAGAGUCAGAUUGUGGUGGCAGCGUGGUACCGUCGCUAUGCGCAACAAAAGAAAUACGAGAAGAUCAAGAGCGCCACAACUGUGGUGCAGUCUUACACCAGAGGAUGGCAGGCUCGCAAGCUAUUGAGAGAGCUGAAACAUCAGAAGAGGUGCGAAGAGGCUGUAACCACCAUCGCGGCUUACUGGCACGGCACUCAGGCUCGGAUGGAGCUCAGACGUCUAAAACAAGAAGUGCGGAAUAAACAUGCGGUGACAGUAAUUUGGGCAUACUGGCAGGGAACCAAGGCACGGAGGGAGUUGCGUCAGCUGAAGGAAGAGGCGAGGAAUAAACAUGCUGUGUCGGUCAUUUGGGCCGGCUGGCAGGGCACCAAGGCUCGGAGGGAGCUGCGGAGACUGAAGGAAGAGGCCAAGCGUAAGCAUGCUGUUGCUGUGAUUUGGGCCUACUGGAAGGGACUCAAGGUCCGCAGAGAGUACAGAAAAUUCUUCAGGGCAAAUGCAGGGAAAAAGAUCUAUGACUUCACCAUCCAGAGAAUUAUGCAAAAAUACUUCCUGGGUCUGAAGAGGACCUUGCCCUCCAUGUCACCCGUUGACAAGAACUGGCCUGCCCGACCGUACGUCUUCCUGGAUGGAGUUCACACGGAACUUCGGAGAAUCUUCCAUCUGUGGAGGUGCAAGAAAUACAAGAGUAAAUUCACCGAGGAGAAAAAAGCUGUGUAUGAAGAGAAGCUGGAGGCAAGUGAGCUUUUCAAGGAUAAAAAGUCCCUCUAUCCAAGCAGUGUGAGCCAGCCCUUCAAAGGAGACUACUUGGAGAUCAGCAAGAACCCCAAAUAUCAGAAACUCAAUAGUUCUUUUGAUGAAAAGGUUCUGCUGGCUGAUGUGGUCAACAAGAUUAACAGGGCCAAUGGAAAAGGUACAACUCGCAUCCUCCUGCUGACAAAGAAGAACGUGGUCCUGGCUGACCAGAAGACAGGCCAAGUAAAGGCCAGUGUUCCUCUGCCCGACCUCACCAGUGUUUCAGUCAGCACACAGAACGAUGGCUUCUUUGCACUCAGACUUAAAGAGGGCUCAGCCUCAGCCGUUAAAGGAGACUUCCUGCUUAGCAGCGAGCACCUGAUUGAGACCAUUACCAAACUCCACCACAUCGGCUCCACCGCCUCAGACAGGGAGCAGCUGAAUGUUGACAUCUCAGAUGAGUUUCUGGUACAGUUCAAGCAAGACAAAGUGUGUGUGAAGUUCAUCCAGGUAGCCCCCAAGAACGGCAACAGCGUGUCCUGCAAGCGCAAAAACAACCGCCUUCUGGAGGUGACGGUGCCUGCGUCAGCAUAGUGAAACCCCAUCCCCGCUUCCUCAGAGUUGUCCUGGAGUACUCGGAUUGUGGUGAAUUAAGGACUGAACCAAGGACCAUCACCCCACGAAAUGACAUGCAUGUAUUUGGCUUGUUCGGUUUUUCUUCCCUUUAGUUAAGUACAAUGGCAACACUAUAGUUGUAAUUUUUUUGGGCAAAGAAAG